AUGUCGUUUAAAUCAAAUUCGGCUAUUCAACGGUUACAGCAAGAAUAUCGUCGUUUAAACAAAGAUCCAAUUCCAUAUAUUACAGCUCAACCUUUACCAUCGAAUCUUCUUGAAUGGAGAUAUGUGGUUAAAGGGCCACAGGGAACUCCAUAUGAAAAUGGUAUUUAUCAAGGCAAAAUAGUAUUUCCAUUUGAAUAUCCUUAUAAACCACCCUCAUUGUACAUGUUAACACCCAAUGGAAGAUUUAAAACAAAUUCAAGACUUUGUUUAUCAAUCACAGAUUUUCAUCCAGAUACAUGGAAUCCAUCUUGGUCAAUAUCAUCGAUCUUGAAUGGUUUAUGUAGUUUUAUGUGUGAUACAUCGUCUACAUUUGGUAGCAUUGAUACAACCGAUUCUCAAAAACGGAAAUUUGCCAUCGAUAGUUUAUCAUUUAAUGUUCAGGAUAAAGUAUUUCGUGAUCUAUUUCCAGAACUUACAGAAGAAAUACAAGCGUUAUUAGCUGAACGUCAAAAAAAUCAAAAAAAUAUCUUGCAACCACAACCACAAAUAAGAGAAGAAGGAGCUGGAUCAUCACAAUCAUCAUGGCUCAAUAGUAUAAUUGGAAAUUUACUUGUUAUUGCUGGAUUAGCGGCAUUUGCAUAUAUCAUGAGUAUUCAACAGAAUGUUAUUGGUCCAAUAACAGCUCAUGGAGUUGCCAAUCCAUACAGUUGUUUAAGAAAUUUUGAAGUUGUUAACACUGUUGGCAGAGGACAUUUUUCUAUUGUUUAUUUUGGACGAAACAGAAUCAAUGGUAUUCAUGUAGCUUUAAAAAAGGUUGAACUUAGUCGAAUGGCUGAUGCAAAAGCAAUUGAAGAUUGUAAGAGAGAAAUUACAUUAUUACAGCAACUUGAUCAUCCGAACGUGAUUAAAUAUAUCGCACAUUUUGUUGAUGAUAAUGAUCUUUACAUUGUACUUGAACUUGCAAGUGCUGGUGAUUUAGCUAAAAUGAUUAAAGUAGGAGACAAUUUUCUUGCUAUUAUCUAUACGAACCAUCAAAUAUGCAGUGGAUUAGAACAUAUGCACUCAAAAAGAAUUAUGCAUAGAGAUAUAAAACCAGCAAAUAUAUUUGUUAGUGCUGAAGGUAUUGUUAAACUUGGAGAUUUGGGAUUAGGACGCUUCUUUGGUUCAAACACAACGUCUGCACAUUCUAUGGUUGGAACACCAUACUAUAUGUCUCCUGAACGAAUUCAUGAGCAUGAUCUUGGCUACGAUUUUCGAAGUGAUAUUUGGUCGCUUGGAUGUAUUCUUUACGAAAUGGCUGCUCUUCGUUCUCCAUUUUAUGGUGAAAAUUUGAAUCUCAUCUUAUUACGUUCAAAAAUUGAAGCAUUAGACUAUCAGCCAUUGCCAACAAAUCUUUAUUCACCAGAACUUCGUCUAUUGGUUAGUCGAUGUUUAGUAUUAGAACCUGAAAGUCGUCCAGAUAUAACUGAAGUCAAUCGUAUUGCACAAAUGAUGUAUAAUCGGUUUGUAUCAAAUUCACAAGCAAAUACUCCAACGCCAACACCGACACAACGAGAUAGUAGAAAUGAUUCUGGUUUUGGCAGUAUUACACCAGUUAAUCGUUAA